UUAUAAGUACGAAACUGUUGAUCAGAAUGGAAGUACACUAUUGUGUGAUGAAUCUUUAGUAAACAGUCAUCUUUUUUAAUUGUUUUUAUGCAGAUUCUUACUCUUUUUCAUUAGUUUUCAUGUCCAGGGUGAAAGGAAGGACCGCCACAGAGGUGUGCGCGGAUUGCUCCGCCCCAGAUCCCACAUGGGCCUCUAUAAAUCGUGGAGUGCUAAUUUGUGAUGAGUGCUGUAGUGUCCAUAGAAGUCUUGGUCGUCACAUUUCACAGAUAAAAUCACUCAACAAAGGACAAUGGAGUCCGACGUUAUUGUCUAUGGUACAACAUCUUGCAAAUCAUGGUGCCAACAGUAUAUGGGAACAUUCAUUAUUGGACCCUUCACAGAGUAAACAUGGGAAAAAGAAACCAGGCCCCAGGGACCAAGUACAUCCUGUGAAGGCAGAAUUCAUUCGGUCCAAAUAUCAGUUUUUACAGUUUAUCAAUAAACAAAAAGAUGGGGAUGUUAACUCUAUAGACGAUCUGAGUAAACAACUUCACUCCAGUGUUAGAACGAGUAACUUAGAAACCUGUUUAAGACUUCUGUCCAAAGGAGCUGACCCUAAUUAUUUUCAUCCGGAGAAAGGUAAUUGUCCUCUGCAUGUUGCUGCUCAGAGUGGACAGCCAUUACAAGUAGAACUUCUAGUCAUUUAUGGAGCUGACCCUGGUGCUUUUGAUUCCAAUGGCAAAACUCCAAUUGAUCAUGCUAAAGCUGAGUUGUACAUAGAUUUAGCAGACAGAAUAUUGGAAUUACAUUAUGAACUAACAGAUAGAUUAGCUUACUAUGUGUGUAAAAGAAAGCCAGGAACAUAUUUUCCAGAUCACAAGAAUGGAAUACAUUUUAUUAUCCCAGAAAUGGCAGACAGUAGUUUGGAUUUAUCCGAGUUGGCCAAACAAGCAAAGUUGAAAUUACAAGCUUUGCCAAAUCAUUUAUUUGAAGAAUUAGCCAUGGAUGUCUAUGAUGAAGUGGACAGACGAGAAAAUGAUGAACAUUGGAGUCAGUCACAUGACAAUUCAGCUGUUGUCAGUGAUCGGCAAGGUGUUCCAUUUCUACCUCUAAAUCCAGAUUUCUCUGCAACAAGAAAUCAGGGUCGUCAGAAACUUGCCAGAUUUAAUGCCAGAGAGUUUACUACCCUUGUGAUAGAUAUUUUAAGUGAUGCCAAAAGAAGACAAACAGGAGCCAUGUCUCCAACACAAACCCCUAAAGAACAAGAGAAGCCAACUAGUCCCAUGCCCCUUAGAAGGAAGAUAAACAGUAUUGCCAGUGAUGAAGAGCCAUUAUAUGAUGUGGUUGCCUCGGAUGAAGAUUAUAGUAGUAUAGAUAAUCUCAGUAUAUCCAGUAGCAAGCUCAAACAUCAACCUCAUCAUGAAGUAGUAGAGGGGCCUGUCUCAACAGAAGAAUUUCUCCAGAUGAAGAGAAAACUAGGUUCCAUGGAAUGUCAGGUUCAUCAGUUACUUCAACAGAACAAAGAUUUACGCAAGGAGAGAGAUGAUCUACAUUUACUGGUCCAGAAAUUAACCAAAGAAAUCACAAUCUUAAGAGAACAUACUCAGCAACAUAUUCAGACAUUACCUAAUGGUUAUGGUCAGUCUGAUGAUGUCCAGAAUAGUCCCAUUAGAAAUCCAACUAGGCCACAGUCCAUGUUUGAGCCCAGAGAUCAACAGAGAUUGUCCCAAAAGAGUCAGUCUAAAGAUUCUUUGCCGUCUGCUCAUUCAUUUUCUAAUCUUCACAUGCAAGAAGAAGGGUGUGAAAGAGAAAGAGUUCCUUCCCUUCAUGAUGAAGCUAGUGCAGAACUUCAGAAACCUGUAGGACAAGAUGUGUCUCAUUAUGACUGUCCAACAUCGCUGCCUCUUGAUAAUAGUGCAAUAAACCAAAGUUUCUCAGAACAUUUUAUGGAUGAUGAGGAAUUAAAUAGUUGUCAUGGAAACAUACAUGAGAUUGAUCCUGAUUUACCGUCACAGGAAGUCAUUAUGGAAAAGACGGAAAAAAUCACCAAAAAUAUUCAAGAACUGUAUCAGUCUGGACAAACAGGCAAACAUGACAGUUUUGGACCAUGUGCAGAUAAGAUCCAUAACGCUGUUACAGAAAUGGCUUCACUAUUUCCUAUUAAGCCAAAAUCAGAGAGUGUAAAAUGUGCUCUACAUUUAUUAGUGAAGAGUGCGGGGCGCUUACAACAAGAAUGUUACGAAACAGGUGAAGGUGAACCGUAUAGGACUCAACAAGUGAUGCAAGGGGCAUUUGAUAUCGCUAAAGCUGUUAAACAAUUAGUCACUUUGUUUCAGUGAUAUGUGCAAUAUAAAACAUGAGAUUUUAUCAUUUGGGGGUUGUCUCAAAAGUCUUAAUAACUUGACAGGAAAACUUUUGAGAAAUCCUUUAUUAAUGUAGUUUUAAAAGUUUGUAAUUUAUUUAAUUGAAAAUGGCAAGAUCAGAUUCAUUGUAGGGUACUGCAGAUAUUUUUAACUCUUCAUGCCUUCAUCAUUUUUCAUUAGCAACAUUAUUAAUGACAAAGACUUAGAUAAAGAAAUGAAACUUGUCCAGAGUUCAUUUUGAAGCUUUUUUUUUUCGGGAGACUUAAUGUCACAUUACGAAAAGAAUUAAAAUUUCUUUUCUCUCAAUAAAAUCUGUUCCUUUUAAACAUUCAUAGCUCUAACGGUAGGCAAUAUUGGUGUGUUGCUUAAGCUGAAAUAAGAAUACCAGUGCUUUAGGAUAAACAGAAAUGCUAUAGAGAUAUUAAAUUGUUUAUAUUUUAUUAGAUUCAUUAUACAUACAUUAAAGAGGGUCUGGUCUGGAUGGGGUUGACAAAAUAGGGAAUUAUGGGUAAAAAGUGUAAAAUUAGAGGAUAAAAAAAAAGAAUAGGGAAAACAUAU